UCUGUCAACCCAGUUGGCUUGACAAGAGCAGGAGAGACGCGAUGAAACAGUGCGGGCCUCUGUGCUGAACACGUUCCCCCUGCGCCACUGAACUACUGAGAACUUUAUGCAUGGAGACAGGUUAAAGUCGGCCCAACUAAGACGUGCUGCAGCUGUAAGCGGGGACUUGGUGGAGGAUUGGACGCCAGAGGCAGAGACAGGUCUUCGCAGGGCUUGCCCUGAGUGUUGAGCAUCAUUUGUGCAAGAAUGAAUCCUAUGUGGAAGGUUUAUAAGAGCAAAGUGCUGAAGACUCUAAACCCAGAGUAUGAGGAGGACACUGCUGAAGAGGUCACAGAGGUGGAGAAUGAUAUGAGUCCAGUGCAGGAGGAUGAGGGGCCCAACGCUGUCUCCCAGUUGGCCAAGAAAAUGCAGGGGGCUGGGACCAAAAGCUGGAACAGACUAUCAGCUCUCUUCAACAAAGAUGAUGAACACCAGCUUCUGGAGGAGACUGAGAGCCCACCGGUCCCUGACCAUCCACUUGCAGUCAAGCCUGAGGAGCCUCCUCGAUCCACCAGACGCACAGGAUUCUGGGACAGCUUUGCAGCCAACUGGGCUGCCAAGAAGCAGGCUGAAGCCGCAGCAGCAACCGCUGACGCUGCAGCGAAUGAAGCGGCGGCGGACCAAGGUGAGGCGGCAGAGGUGACAGAAGCAGGAGGCCAGGAGAACCAGGACGGGCAGAUCACUGAGGGAGAGGAGUGUGAAGGAGGAGGAGGAGGAAGGGGCAACAACAGCUUCUCCAAAUAUGUCUCGCUCGGAGAAGGCAGCCAGGACACAUCCUUCAAGUGGAACUUUGUCACCAGCAAGCUGGCAGAGCUGAAGACCAAGGGCAUGACCAAGACCAACUAGCUGCUCGUGAAGAGGGAAUCAGGAGAAUAAAAACCAUAUGAGACUGGUGGGGAGGUCAGAUGAAGGAUUGUGGAGGAAGUUUAAGAUCAGGGUAUAUUUUACACAACGUGUCCUGUAACGGAACUGCACAACUGUUGUACACGUCCAUUACGAUUGCAGUCUGAACUGCUUGGACUUUCUUUACUUCCCGAACGCUGUUGUUUGAUUCCAAAUAUUGUCAUUACACAAAUUGAACGUAGUGCUGAAAUAUGUUUUUGUAUUCAAUUUUACAGAAAAAGAGUCACGGUGGCAUUUGUCUUGAUCAAUGAAAAUGAUCAAUGACUCUGUAUUCAUACUGAAAGACUCAAAGUUUGGUCUUGGACAAAUAAUUUAAACAUACUACUGAUAUUUCAGAAUACAAAAUAUUUCAUUAGGCCAUGGGUGUACAACGCAAAACACAGCUAAUCUAUAUACGUUUUGAAACACAGCAUGUAAUCAAUUUUUUCCCCCCAGAUUAUAUGGUGAUAUCUGUCUAAUACCAAUUCUUAUACCACAACAAGGGGCCUUCACACCUGUCAGCAAACUUGAUCUAAUCUGUAGUUUAGAAAAUAAUGGAUUAUGUGAUUAAAGGUGGUGAUACCAGGAUUAGUCGAGGAUAAUCUCACUAAACCUGUUCCGAGGGCAUGGGUGAUUACAGUCGAGAGAUUUGUCGGUGAAACAUGCAUAAUAUUCUGUAAGCAUUUACAACAUUUGUUUUCCUCAGACAUCAGGCAUGGAAAAUGUGACGCACGGCUGUAAAACCUGCAAAAUAUGAAUGUGUGCUGUCGGUUAAGCAUGACAUGACUUGAAUUUUCUGAUUGUGGCUGAAAUUGAAAAUGUGCAAAGUGUGAG